AUGACCCCGAGGGGCAGGGCCGGGUGGCUGCCUUCAGCUCUGCUGCUGCUCCAGCUCCCAGGCUGUUUGUCUCUGAGCGGCCCCAGCAGAGUGACAGGCAUCGUGGGGGGAUCCCUGAGCGUGGAGUGUCGGUACCAGAAGAAAUUCAUAAGCAAUAACAAAUACUGGUGCAAACCCUUCUGUUUGUUAUCACCGAAGAUUGUGGAGACCACAGAGUCAGAGAGAGAGGUGAGGAGGGGCCGCGUGUCCAUCAGAGACCGUCCUGCAAACCUCACCUUCACAGUGACCUUGGAGAGCCUCAGAGAGGAGGAUGCGGGAACGUACCAGUGUGGGAUCGAUGUGCCAUUUUCACGUAAUCCCGCCGUCCAGGUGGAGGUGUCUGUGACCCCAGCCCCUGCUACAGCCACCGGCCCCGAGAGGUCCACAGGCUCCCCAGGCUCUCCCACAACCCUGCCCGUGCCCACCUGGAGCACCGCGUCUGGUCAGGAGACCCCCGAUCCCAGCCAACCUCCUCGGCCCCUGCUGGGCAGCGCCCACUUCCUGCUCCUGGUCUUCCUGAAGGUGCCGCUGCUCCUGGGCAUGCUCGGUGCUGUCCUCUGGGUCCACAGGCCUCUGAGGAGCUCUGCGGACAGGCACGUCUUCUCCUCUGGCCUCCUGUUGGUUCCCAGUCUCUCUCCUGUUCUCAAAGGGGAGUAG